AUAUUCUGCAAUUGUAAGUUAUUUGGGAAAAUAUUAAGAUUUUUUUAUAAGACAAAGAAUAGUUAAAAUAACUUAAAAGCAAAAUGCGUGAAUGCAUUUCGAUACAUGGAGGACAAGCAGGAGUACAAAUUGGUAACGCAUGCUGGGAAUUAUAUUGCUUGGAGCAUGGAAUUCAACCCGACGGUCAAAUGCCAUCUGAUAAAACCGUUGGUGGUGGUGAUGAUUCCUUUAACACAUUUUUUAGUGAAACCGGUGCAGGUAAACACGUACCAAGGGCUGUUUUCAUAGAUUUAGAACCGACAGUCGUAGAUGAAGUCCGUACUGGUACAUAUAGGCAGCUAUUCCAUCCCGAACAGCUUAUCACGGGAAAAGAGGAUGCUGCUAAUAAUUACGCCAGAGGCCAUUACACGAUAGGAAAGGAAAUAGUGGAUCUCGUAUUAGACAGAGUGCGUAAAUUAGCUGACCAAUGUACAGGAUUGCAGGGAUUCUUAAUAUUUCAUUCCUUCGGCGGUGGUACCGGCUCAGGUUUUGCUUCACUGUUAAUGGAGCGUUUAUCGGUAGAUUACGGCAAAAAAUCUAAAUUGGAAUUUGCUAUAUAUCCAGCACCACAAAUUUCUACUGCAGUAGUAGAACCUUAUAAUUCCAUUCUUACGACUCAUACUACCUUGGAGCAUUCGGAUGCUGCUUUUAUGGUAGAUAAUGAAGCUAUUUAUGAUAUUUGUAGAAGAAAUUUAGAUAUAGAAAGACCUACUUAUACGAAUUUGAAUCGACUUAUAGGGCAGAUAGUGUCGUCUAUAACAGCUUCUUUAAGAUUUGACGGCGCUUUAAAUGUCGACCUUACAGAGUUUCAAACUAACUUAGUACCAUAUCCACGUAUCCAUUUUCCUUUAGUGACUUACGCUCCUGUAAUAUCCGCUGAAAAGGCUUACCACGAACAACUAUCAGUUGCAGAAAUUACUAACGCUUGUUUCGAACCUGCUAAUCAAAUGGUAAAGUGUGAUCCUCGACAUGGUAAAUAUAUGGCUUGUUGUAUGUUAUAUCGUGGCGAUGUGGUUCCUAAAGACGUAAAUGCAGCUAUAGGCACCAUUAAAACAAAACGAACAAUCCAGUUUGUUGAUUGGUGCCCAACAGGCUUUAAAGUUGGCAUUAAUUACCAACCACCGACUGUCGUUCCUGGUGGAGACUUGGCUAAAGUACAACGUGCAGUUUGCAUGCUCUCAAACACUACUGCAAUAGCAGAGGCAUGGUCACGCUUAAACCAUAAAUUUGAUUUAAUGUAUGCAAAACGUGCCUUCGUUCAUUGGUAUGUAGGUGAAGGAAUGGAAGAAGGAGAGUUCUCAGAAGCUCGCGAAGACUUGGCUGCAUUGGAAAAGGAUUACGAAGAGGUUGGUAUGGAUUCAGGAGAAGGAGAAGGUGAAGGUGGCGAAGAGUAUUAAAUUAAAACUUUAGUUUUUUUUGUUACAUCGCGAUAAGACCGAAAAUGUUUUGCUGUCGUAGCUGCAAUAAUUACACUUAUGUUUUUUUUAAAUUGGUUUCUUAAAAAUUUACAAGUGAUA